AUGUCACUCCAACCAUCUGCAGAGGCCCUGAUUACCAGAAUCGACAGUACUGGCACUCUAAGGCUUGUCAAGGAGAAAGUCCCAGUGCCCAAGCCUGGCGAGCACCAGCUUUUGGUCAAAGUGUCUUACGUAGCACAGAAUCCAACAGAUGGCAAGACUCCCUCGCUUCACAACGCCUUUGGUGAUGGCGCCAUCCUGGGCUGCGACUUUGUCGGCGUGGUAGAAGAAAUCGGUCCGAAUGUGACAAGAAUUGCCAAGGGAAAGGCUAUUGCCGGAUUGAUCUGGGGAGGAGAAAUUAAGGGUCUUGGGGGAUACAGCCAGUACACCAUUGCUGAUGAGCGAAUUUGCUUUCUUGUCCCUCAGCAGCUGAGCCCAGAAGCAGCAUCUACCGUUCCCCUCGCGUCAUGCACAGCUCUACUUGGUCUCUUUUCAAAGGGUUGUCUAGCCAUCGACACCAGUGGCGAUGAGAAGCCUGCAGUUCUGAUUUGGGGCGGUAGCUCAAGUGUAGGACUCUACGCGAUCCAAAUUGCGAAAUUGAAUGGACUUCAGGUUGUCACGACCUGCAGUCCAAAGCAUCACGAUCUUGUCAAGCUUUAUGGAGCUGCAGAAGCAUUUGACUAUCGAGACCUGCAGGUGGUUGAGAAGAUUAGACAGGCAGCUCCGGGCCUUCGAUACGUGUUUGAUACUAUCGGAAACACCACCUCCUCCAACACGGCCUCACUCGCAAUCUCUCACCAAGACGGCGUCCUCUGCACUGUCCGUCCCGGCAAAGCUAACACUGAGGAGGUAGCUCCGGGCGUUAGGAUUACUGACGUCCUCGUCUGGACAGCGUUCAUGAAAGAGCAUCGCUAUGGGGAGUUCCACUGGCCGGCUAGUCAAGAGGACCACAAACUUGCUUCGGAUUUCUUUCAGAAAUUACCAAGCCUUUUUACUUCGGGCCAGAUUAAGCCAAACUCCUACAAGCUCUUUGAGAACGGUUUUGAUGAUGUAUGCCAGGGAUUUCAGGAGUACCGCGAUGGUAGCAUCUCAAACUAUAAAAUUGUUUACAAGGUUUAG